AUGUCAGAGGAUUCCAUUGCAAAUUUGACCCUUCAGGAUUAUGAAAAAUAUGAGGAACAACGCAUGGAAAAGAAUGCUUGGAGGGUUGCCAGGCAACUCGCUGAACGUAUUGAUGGUGCUCCUGUUCUGUCUGAUUACAUUCACGCAAGUGUUUCAGAACGUGCAGAAGACUCUUUCUUUUUUAAUGGUGAAUACCUUUCAGAGUACCUGAAAAAAUCAGUUAACAACAGAAAUGAUACGCCUGGAUCAGCGUAUAUCCGUAAAAUCUUGGAAUUCAAUGAAAAGCAUGUCGAGUCAGGGGAGCUUUAUGCCGAAUUUUUGAAACGAUCAUGUAAAGAAAAAGAUGGUUCACUGUGCAAGCACUGCUGA